GGGGUGGUGGAGGGGGCGGAGUUUUCUGCAUAAAUAUACUGACUUCAUGUGAAACUCUAUAGUAUUUUGCUGGACGUGGUGACCUACAUUAUAAUGGCACUUGAGUUGUAUCUUGACCUGCACUCUCAGCCUUGUCGCUCUGUCUACAUAUUUGCCAAGCUAGCAAACAUUCCGUUUGAAUACAAAGAGGUGGAUCUCUCUGCAGGUGAACAUUUCGGAGAAGAGUUUGGAAAGAUCAGUGUGGUAAGGAAAGUGCCUGUCCUCAAAGAUGGAGCUUUUAUCCUUACAGAGAGCACAGCAAUCCUGCAGUACCUGGUGGGGAAAUAUUCCACUCCAGACCACUGGUAUCCAGUUGACCUGCAGAAGCGUGCCCGGGUUGAUGAGUACCUUUCUUGGCAGCAUACUAACAUGAGGACCCAUGGAUCAAAGGUCUUUUGGUUCAGGGGAGUUCUGCCUGCUGUCACUGGGGCUCCUGUGCCGAAAGAGAAGAUGGACUCUGCAGUGGAAGACCUGAAUAUGAGCCUUAAGCUCUUUGAGGAGAAGUUUCUACAAGACAGGCCUUUUGUAGUCGGAGAGAAGAUAUCACUGGCCGAUCUGGUAGCUAUAGUGGAGAUCAUGCAGCCGGUUGGAACAGGCUUGGAUGUGUUUGAGGGCAGGCCUGCUCUGAGCGCAUGGAGAGACAGAGUAAAGAAGGAGAUCGGCAGGGAACUUUUUGAGGAGGCCCAUAAGACUAUCUUGAGUGUAGCCUCACUCCCACAGACCUUCGAAAGAAAAGGUUUACCUGAAUUUCUUAAGAUCCGGAUCCAGAAAAUGUUCAACUGACUUGGCAUUUGCAGUGACUCAGGCAACCAUACGGAUCAAUCACAGUCAGGGGGAGGUCUCAGAACAAACAAAGCAAUUGUUAGAGCUUCAAAAAGCUAAACAAUAGAGGAUCCUCGGUAGGACUGUCCUAGGUAGGCUCCUUGUUUGCAUUACAUAAUGUAAAUGGAAUGGUUUCACAAGGCCGCUUUGUCAUAUCACCAGAAAAGUGCACAAAAUUUAAUGGGGAAAAUAUUGUCGAUGUAACUGAUGAGCUAGCAAGCAAAACAUUAAUGCUAAUUAUAUAUUUAUGUAUACAGUUUCACUUGGAAUGUUCUGCAGUUAUUGUCUGUAUUAGAAGGAUCGUUCUGAUUAAGACAGCCUUUGAUGACGGGGUCUAGAAACUCAGCCCACCUGGACUGCAACCUAACAUUUGGAACACAACUCAAGCUGUUUAGCAGAUGAUGCACAUCCUACCGUAUGAAUGUUUUGCAUUUGAAGCAUACUGCCAGCUUUAGUCAGACUCUGGCUAAAUGCUCUAAUGUGGUUAAGGCUGUAAUCUCUUUUGCUGCUCACACUAAAAGACAUCACCAGC